GGAGGGGGUCCACAGGGGAAGCGGGUGCAGGAUCCUGGUCAAAGAACGGAUGAGGGGGUCAAGGCAGCCUUAGAGCUCAGGGUCCGGAGGGGGAUGAGCCAGGGGUGUGUGCAGCGGACCAGGGGGAGACAGGAGGAGAGGGAGCGGCCGGGCUUAAUUGGGUCAAGGAAAAUGCAGACUAGUACUAGAAAGAGAAGCGGGUAGGAAUCAAUCUCGGGGUUGAGUGCAAACAUUUGAACUGGGGUGGAAGUUGGACAGAGAAGAUGCUGUAGGACGCCGAACAGAGAAGGGAGUGGAAGCUGAGGCCGGCUACAGAGAGGCUCAGAUAAGAUUGCAGGAAGCUGGCUUCCUGGCAACGGGCUCUGGGCUGCUUGGAUUCCCCAGGGAUCCCAGGGAGGCCGCUUAACCCCACAUGUGGCCGCAUUCUUGUGGGGCCAGGCCUUGGGCUAACGCUUUAAUAGGAAAUGACCCAGAAAUCAUGGCUCGGUGGUGCCUAGAUGGGCUUCCCAGCGUCCCUACCAUACCAUGGCGAGACCUGUGGAGACGGGGCUCCCUGCGGGCCCUCUCACCUCCAGCCCCGAGCUGCAGGGACCAUAGACACUUAAGGAGGAAGGGGGACAUAGAUGCCUGGAGACAUCUAGAGGCUUCAGAUAGCAUGGAGAUGUUGCCGCCUUCAGGUUUUACUGGGCUGGUUCCUCCCUCCCACUUCCAAGCUCGGUCCCUUCCAACUCUGCCAAGAUCGGCCCCGACCUGGGCUUCAGACAUUCCCCUGAUCCAAUCCAGGACUGGCCAAGAUGUCUUAGAGAGGCGGCUAGACACUCAGAGACCUACAGUGACCGUGUGGGAACAGGACGUUUGUGGAGAUGCACAGGGGCCAGGGCGGAGAGGCAGGUCUCUGGAGCUGGGGGUCUCCAGUGCCCUGAGCCAGCAGGCUGAGCUGAUCUCUUGGCAGCUCCAAGAGUUGCGGCGGCUGGAAGAGGAGGUCCGGACCCUGCGGGAGACCUCCCUGCAGCAGAAGAUGAGGUUGGAGGCUCAGGCCUUGGAGCUGGACGCUCUUGCGGUGGCCGAGAAGGCUGGCCAAGCCGAGGCUGAGGGCCUGCGUGCCGCCUUGGCCGGAGCUGAGAUGGUCCGGAAGAACCUGGAGGAGGGGAACCAGAGGGACCUACAGGAGAUCCAGAGUCUGCACCAAGAGCAGCUGUCCUCCCUGACAGAGGCUCAUGAGAAGGCUCUUGCUAGUCUGACCAGCAAGGCCGAGGACUUGGAGAAGUCUCUGAGUAGCUUGGAAAUGAAGCGGGCAGGAGAAACCAGACAGCUGGCCGCAGCCCAGAAGGAGGUGGAACUGCUCCGGAGUCAACUGAGUAAGACCCAAGGGGAGCUGGAAGCUCAGGUGGCCUUGGUCGAAAGUCUGAGGAAGUAUGUCGGGGAACAAGUCCCUCCGGAGGUCCAUUGCCAGACGUGGGAGCCGGAACGGAAGGAGCUUCUAGACACCUUGCAGCACUUGAGGGAGGACAGGGCUGACCUUCAGGCCACCGUGGAGUUGCUGCAGGUUCGGGUACAGAGUCUGUCGCACAUGCUCGCCCUGCAGGAAGAGGAGCUGACCAGGAAGAUUCAGCCGUCAGAUGCCCUGGAGUCCGAGUUCCCUAAGAAGUGCCAUUUGCUGCUGCGCCGAUGGCGGGAAAGGGUGUUUGUCCUCAUGGUACAGCUCAAGGCCCAGGACCUGGAGCACAGGAACUCCAUGAAGGGGCUGAGGGACCAGGUGGCAGAGCUCCAGGAACAAGUGAAGACCCAGAGCCAGAAGCAGGCCAUCUUGCAGCGUGCCCUACAAGACAAAACCGCAGAGCUGGAGAUGGAGCGGAUAAGCACUAAGACCCUGCAGCUGGAGCUGACCCGGGCUCAGGAGGGCAGGCAGAGGCAGGAGCAGCUGUCGGCCUCUGCCGAGGAGCAGCUGAAGUCGGUGGUCAGCGCUGUGAACAGCACUCAGACCAACCUCCACAAUACCAUGACCAGGGUGGAUCAGGCUGUAGCCCGGAUCCCCAGCCUCAGCAACCGACUCAGCUACGCGGUCCGUAAGAUCCACACCAUUAAGGGUUUGGUGGCUCGAAAACUGUCCCUUGCUCAGCUGCGCCUGGAAAGCUGUCCCCCGCCCCCACCCCCACCGGAUGCAGACCUGUGCCUUGAGUUGGAGCAGCUCCGGGAAGAACGGAACCGCUUGGAUGCUGAGCUGCAGCUGAGUGCCCACCUCAUCCAGCAGGAGGUGGGCCGGGCACGGGAACAAGGGGAGGCAGAGCGCCGGCAGCUGAAUGAGGUGGCCCAGCAGCUGGAGCAGGAGCUGCAGCGUGCCCAGGAGUCCCUGGCCAGCGUGGGGCAGCAGCUGGAGGCAGCGCGUCAGGGCCAGCAGGAGAGCACAGAAGAAGCCGCCAGCCUCCGGCAGGAGCUGACACAGCAGCAGCAGAUCUACGGGCAAGCCCUGCAAGAGAAGGUGGUCGAGGUGGAAACUCGGCUGCGGGAACAGCUCUCAGACACCAAGAGGAGACUGAACGAGGCGCGGAGGGAGCAGGCCAAGGCUGUGGUCUCCUUGCGCCAGAUCCAGCACAAAGCCAUUCGGGAAAAAGAGCGCAACCAGGAACUCCGACGCCUGCAGGAUGAGGCCCGGAAGGAGGAGGGGCAGCGGCUGGCCCGGCGGGUGCAGGAGCUGGAGAGGGACAAGAACCUCAUGCUGGCCACCCUGAAGCAAGGGGGUCUCCUCUCCCGUUACAAGCAGCAGCGCCUGUUGGCCGUGCUUCCCUCGGGGAAGGAGAAGUCGUCCGUGGGGUGCAGCGCCCGGGCUGUGGAGUCCCCAGAACCCAAGUGUCCAGCAGCCGCACCAUCCAGGGAACCUCCAAAAGGGUCCCUGACUGUCCUGUUUGAAAACCUGCAAUGCCUGAGCGAGGCCAUUUCCAGAGAGGAGGAUGUUUGUCCAGAAGAUAACCCGAGCACUUCAGACCACUGCUGAGCUGGAGCUGCCAGGAGCAACAGUGAAGCCAGCUGGAGCUGGAUCUCCCAGGAGGGGUGGAUAGGGAAGGCGAGGGGCAGGGGCCAGCCUAGCCUGUUCCCCAGCAAGCCUUGGGGCCCUAGCUUCCACCAGGUCUGAAUUCUGCAAUAAAUAAAGAUGGCUAUAGUGGA